GUCCCGGUCCCCGCCCCCGCCCCGGCGCCCGCCCGGCCCGCGGCGCCCGCGCGCCGUCGCCCGGCGCCGGCCCCGGCCCGCGCGCCCCCGGCCCCGGCGCGCCCCGGCCGCGGCCCCCGGCGCCCCCCGGCCGCCCCCGCGCGGCCUCCGGCCCCGGGUCGCGGCGCGGCGCGGGCGGCAGCAUGGUGGAGAAGCGCUGCCCGCUGCAGAGGGACGGCGUGUACCGCUGGUUCUCGGAGCUGCCGUCGCCGCAGCGCGUGGAGUUCCUGUGCGGCCUGCUGGACCUGUGCAUCCCGCUCGAGCUGCGCUUUCUCGGCUCGUGCCUGGAGGACCUGGCCCGCAAGGACUACCACUCGCUGCGCGACUCGGAGAUCAAGGCCAACAACCCGGCCGACCUGGGCAGCCUCACCAACCUGACGGACGAGGUGGUGCGCAGCAAGCUGCUGGUGUCGCUGGCGCUGCUGGGCUCGGAGCAGCGGGAGGCGGCCGGCGUGCUCUACCGCACGCUCACGCACAUCGACUCCAUCAUCCACAACUACGGGCUGCAGCUCAACGAGGGCCGCACGGGCGAUGAGUUCCUGCUGCUGUUCACCAUGGCCUCCAAUCACCCGGCCUUCAGCUUCCACCAGAAGCAGGUGCUGCGCCAGGAGCUCACGCAGAUCCAGAGCAGCCUGAACGGCGGCGGGGGCCACGGCGGCAAGGGCGCGCCCGGGCCCGGCGGCGUGCUGCCCACCUGCCCGGCCUGCCACAAGAUAACUCCAAGAACUGAGGCCCCUGUCAGCAGCGUCAGUGAUAGUUUGGAAAAUGCCCUGCACACAUCAGCACAUUCCACGGAGGAGUCGCUGCCCAAGAGGCCCUUGGGCAAGCACAGCAAAGUGAGUGUUGAAAAGAUAGACCUGAAGGGAUUAUCACACACAAAAAAUGACAGAAAUGUUGAAUGUUCCUUUGAGGUCUUAUGGUCUGAUUCUUCAGUAACAUCAGUAACCAAAUCUUCCUCUGAAGUGACUGAAUUUAUUUCAAAGCUCUCUCAGCUCUACCCUGAGGAGAACUUGGAGAAACUCAUUCCUUGCUUAGCUGGUCCGGAUGCAUUUUACGUGGAGCGAAACCACAUGGAUCUGGACUCAGGCCUGAGGUACCUGGCCUCAUUACCUUCCCAUGUGCUGAAAAAUGACCAUGUCAGGAGGUUUCUCAGCACUUCCUCUCCACCCCAGCAGCUUCAGAGUCCAAGUCCUGGCAACCCCUCCCUUUCUAAAGUAGGUACAGUCAUGGGCGUGUCUGGAAGGCCUGUAUGUGGAGUGGCUGGCAUUCCAUCCUCGCAGAGCGGAGCCCAGCACCACGGGCAGCACCCGGCCAGCUCAGCUGCCCCCUUGCCCCACUGCUCACACACGGGCGGUGCGGGCUCGGCCCUGGCCUACCGGACCCAGAUGGACACGUCGCCCGCCAUCCUCAUGCCUUCCAGUCUGCAGACCCCUCAGACCCAGGAGCAGAACGGGAUUCUAGACUGGCUUAGGAAACUGCGUUUGCACAAGUAUUACCCCGUCUUUAAGCAGCUCACCAUGGAGAAGUUUUUGAGCCUUACUGAAGAAGAUCUGAAUAAAUUCGAGUCCCUCACCAUGGGUGCAAAAAAGAAGCUCAAGACCCAGCUGGAGCUGGAGAAGGAGAAGUCAGAGAGACGGUGCCUGAAUCCCUCGGCUCCGUCGCUGGUCACCAGCAGUGGUGUGGCUCGAGUGCCCCCCACCAGCCAUGUCGGGCCCGUGCAGUCGGGGCGGGGCAGCCACGCAGCAGAGCUUCGGGUGGAAGUGGAGCAGCCCCAUCACCAGCUGCCCCGGGAAGGCAGCUCCUCGGAGUACUCCAGCUCCUCCUCCAGCCCCAUGGGGGUACAGGCCCGGGAAGAGAGCUCCGACAGUGCCGAGGAGAAUGACAGACGUGUGGAGAUUCACUUGGAGAGCACCGACAAGGAGAAGCCGGUGAUGCUACUGAACCACUUCACUUCCAGUUCCGCCAGACCCACGGCCCAGGUUCUCCCUGUGCAGAAUGAGGCCAGCUCCAGCCCGUCAGGCCACCACCCCCUGCCCCCACAGAUGAUGGCCGCAGCCUCACACAUCGCACCCAUCCGCAUGCUGAAUUCUGCGCACAAGUCGGAAAGGGGAGGCGCAGAUAUGAAGCUCCUCUCGUCUUCCGUGCACUCACUUUUGUCUCUAGAAGAAAGGAAUAAAGGAUCUGGACCAAGAAGCAGCAUGAAAGUGGACAAGAGCUUUGCCAGUGCCAUGAUGGACGUGCUGCCCACGCCCGCACCCCACCAGCCUGUGCAGGUUCUCUCUGGGCUUUCGGAGAGCAGUUCCAUGUCACCCACGGUCUCCUUCGGUCCCCGGGCCAAAGUCGUGCAUGCGUCCACGCUGGACAGGGUGCUGAAGACGGCACAGCAGCCGGCCCUGGUUGUGGAGACGAGCACAGCCGCCGCGGGCACGCCCAGCACAGUCCUCCAUGCCGCCCGCCCGCCCAUCAAACUGCUGCUCUCAUCAUCUGUUCCUGCUGAUUCUGCCAUUUCUGGGCAAACUUCCUGUCCUAAUAAUGUGCAGAUGAGUGUGCCCCCUGCAAUAAUCAAUCCCCGGACUGCUCUGUACACAGCCAACACCAAAGUUGCCUUUUCUGCAAUGAGCAGUAUGCCAGUGGGCCCCCUGCAGGGUGGCUUCUGUGCGAACAGCAACACUGCCUCUCCCAGCAGCCACCCCUCCACGUCCUUUGCAAACAUGGCCACGUUGCCCAGCUGCCCAGCCCCCAGCUCCAGCCCAGCGCUGUCCUCCGUCCCUGAAAGCAGUUUCUAUAGCAGCAGUGGCGGUGGCGGCUCCACAGGAAACAUUCCUGCCUCGAAUCCAAACCACCACCACCACCACCACCAUCAGCAGCCCCCGGCACCCCCACAGCCCGCACCCCCGCCGCCGGGCUGCAUCGUCUGCACAUCCUGCGGCUGCAGCGGCAGCUGCGGCUCGAGCGGCCUGACCGUAAGCUACGCCAACUACUUCCAGCACCCGUUCUCCGGGCCGUCCAUGUUCACCUUCCCGUUCUUGCCCUUCAGUCCCAUGUGCAGCAGUGGCUACGUCAGCGCCCAGCAGUAUGGCGGCGGCUCCACCUUCCCUGUCGUGCACGCCCCCUACAGCAGCAGUGGGACCCCAGACCCCGUCCUGAGCGGGCAGUCCACGUUUGCAGUGCCACCCAUGCAGAACUUCAUGACGGGGACGGCGGGGGUGUACCAGACCCAGGGGCUGGUGGGCAGUAGCAAUGGUUCCAGUCACAAAAAGAGCGGGAACCUAUCUUGUUACAACUGUGGGGCCACUGGGCACCGUGCUCAGGACUGCAAACAGCCGUCCAUGGACUUCAACCGGCCAGGUACUUUUAGGUUGAAAUACGCCCCUCCAGCAGAAAGUCUGGACUCCACAGAUUGAUAUUUUUCUCUGGCAACAGAACAUUAUUAAGCCAUGGAGACAUAAGGAAAAUUAAACACACAGCUGAGAAGUCUAGUUGCUGUUGAGCUUAAUAUUUUUAAUCCAAAGGUGCUUUACUUUUCCUAGACUGGAUAGAAAAUCUAGCGUAGAAGUGCAUCAUACUCGAUUUAUUGCCAAAACCCUAGAUUGGAGCUUGGUGUCAGACUUGCCUAGCGGGCAUUUCUGUGGCCGGCGCAAUCCGCCACCGACACUUUUGGUUGCAGUGCAGAGACCCUGUGUCUCCCGAAGAGCAUUGCCGUCAUUGGCCCUCCUAGGCUCACACGUCAAUUCCAGGGCAGCUACACGUGGUCUGAAUCGAGAACUGAGCUUGGGGUUCUCCAGGUGGAGUUCCACCCGUCGGACUCUUGACACCCCUGGGCUAGGGAAAAUGUCGACUUUGUUUUGUUUUGUUCUAAAGUGAUUAGCACUAAUCUCUGGGAUUUUUAAGGAUUGCACUACAGAAGAAUGUACCCUGAUGUAAAUCUCUGCAGUUCUGGGAGACAGACUCCUCUGAGAACAGUCAGUGCAAGAGACUCCAAUAAUCCAGAUUAAAGAGUCAGCACCAGCAGGCUACUGGACCUAGGACACAACAGAGAUGCUAGUAUUCCUUCCCUCCUCCAAGCACUGGUAGCAGUUUCAGGUUUUUCAUUUUUUCUGCAAAUAAAUUUAAACUCCAUUAUUAAAUAGAAAUAGUUUACUCGCAACAACUUAAUUUCUAAGGGUCCAAGUCCCAGAGAACCCAUAGCCGUCAGAGCUUUGAGAGUGAGCACCGUCCUUCCCAGCCGGUCUGGGGCUCUGAGCCCUGUCCUCCACUGCAGAUGACCUCUCUCGGGGGCACGGUGACAGCGCGGCUCUGUGAGUGGCUGUGAGGAUGCUGCAUGUCCUUAGCAGAGUUUGCAAGUUGCUUUCUAUCCCACGGGCUCCCCGAGAACCUCCAGCCCCGAGGCUUACCGCUAGCGGAUUCACACCUGAGACAGACAUUUCAGCAAUGAUAUGGUCCCGUCACUUAUCAGCAAAAGAUUGGGAAUUUCUCCUGUCAGCUGCUUUUGUAUUAGGCUGUGUGUUGGUAGUUAAUUCCGUUACAAAUUACUUGGAAAACAGUGGAAAGUGGUAGGACUCUGGAAGCGGCCACACACCCGAGAGCGACGGGAUCUGUACAAGUCUGGUUUUUGUAAGGUAGGAAUAAAGGUCCUCACUGUAGAUCUCUGUUUCAACCCAUGGAAACGAGAGCCUUUUGUCUGAAAUGUACAGACUUAAAAUCUUCAAGGUUAAAGGGAAUUUUCUGCUAAAAUAAUACUAUGAUCUAAAAUGCAAAAGUCUUCGGUGUUGAAAUACGAUUGGGAAGAUCGUGCCAGGGAUUUUGCAGUUGAAUAUUUUUUAAAAAUUGACAAUAUUCAGGCCAUUCUUAAAACGGGACAAUCAGCCUCAUGAAAAAUUGGUGUAAAUCAAGAGUACCCUAGAGCGAGGCGCGACGUGAGGGCUGAGUUGUAAGAGCAGCUCCUAACUUCACAGAAACUCAAGCAGAAAGAUGUUACGUUUUUUUAUGACAGGCUUUUAGAACUUGUAGUUUUAGUUGAAUUUUAUUUCUAUGCAAUGCAGAAUGAACAGACCCCUGUGUUCUCUCCUCAUGGUACACAGUAUUAGUGUUGAAGUGAUGGUGAUGCUUAUUACAGCAGCUGUUUAGGGGAAUGCUACAGACACUACAAAACGUCAAAAUAAUGAGAACUGACACAACUUUGCCUUAAAGAGCACUAGACUGGACCUUGUCAUACUGCGUUAAGGAAGACUUAGAGUGUUCGUUGAUGUUUACGAUUUUAAUAUUUCUGAAGGCCAUUACAGUGGCCUGGAUCUGUGCUGAAAGCCAAACUUAAAUUUUUUGGUUUUUUAAACAAAGAAAUAUUUUAAAUAAAUCCUAUUUCAACACUGAAAUUGUUGAAAACUGUCUCAUAACAAAAGGAAAAAAAUUUACAUUUUUGUUUUAGUGGUCAGUAUAGGGGAAUGAAAGCGUCUGUUGUUACCCUUGUAACUAUUUUGAUAAGUAUUAGAUUAAAACCGAACGUUUUCAGCUCGAAGCCUGGCAUUCAGCGCUGAGGCAAACGAGUUCCGACGUUGUCACGGCUGCGUUCCCGGCAGCGAAGGUCUCUGCGGAGCUUCCAGGCGUUUUGCACGUGCACGGGCAGCAGUGCGCCACCUCCGGGAGGCCAUCCCAAGUCCAGACCCGUGGGCGCAGAGAAAACGGAACCGCGGGUCCGUGAGGCCCGGCCCUGAGGGAGCCGCAGGCGUGGACUCGAGAGCGUUUGCCAGCAGUGAGCGCUGAUGAAUCUCCCCAAAAGCAACCAAGGUGGGCGCGCUUGAGCGUUUCGCAUUCAUCAGACUUCCUCAUCUGAAAACACAGAACACACUGACUCUUUCAAGUACUUAGUCAUUUUCCUGAAAUUGUGAUCUGUACCAGAAUGCUGUGGCAACCAGGUAGGUGUGGCACUGGCCACGCGCCACGGCUUUGCCCUCUGUAGUCUGUCAGAUAUUAAAGUUUCUAACCCUGUUUUUUUAAUCUCCAAGAAUGGGGAAAGUGGAAUGUAGAGAAGGAAGUAGAAUGUGAUGUUGGGAUUUAAUCCUGCGUUUUAUUUUUUAAGCAAAACACUCAGUUUUCUACCUUAUUUUCUAACGUUGAUUUCAUGGUAAUAUUGACGGUUGGAAGUGUUUAACAUAAACACUCAUUGCUACAGAGCACUGAGGAAAUGGGAGCUAGCACUUGUAAUAAAAGUAAACACAAGGUAUGUUCUCGAAUGCAUCUGUGUGAGUGGGUAUUUUGGAGACCAGCAUCACCUGUCAUCUCCGGGUCACAGGAGUCAGCGUGUUGCUACAGUAGCGUUAGUCCGGCCCGUGUUUCAAUUCAGUGCUUCGAAUUCUAGGUCCUGGAUUGCCCAAAGUCAGCACAGUCAGUUUCCACCACAGACUCUGUCUUGGGGCACAGUGCUGGCGGUAGUGACUUUGCCUAAACGUCACCCAGCGGGGCUGCCCCUCACUGUGGGCGCUUGGGCAGUGGGAACUGGGUUGCACCCUCCUUGCUCCCGGUCAUUUUCUCGUCACUCUCCUGCUUCCCAGCAUUUUGUUUUACGCCUCGCUCGUUGUACACCUGGUGACUGAUAGAACCGCAUGCCGAGGUCUUGAGAUUGUGAGGAAAGCCGUCUCCCUGCGUGACUCGACUGCUGUCCCAGAGGAGAGGCCUGUGUGAACUGAGCAGGGGUGGCUGUGAUCUCCCAAAGAAUGAGUCAGGUGACACUGAAAGCCAUGGGUUCUGAAGAGGCUAAUUUGUUGAAAAGUCCCAAGGGUCUGAAUGAAAGCAUCUUUAAUUAACACUCAACACUUGCAAUAUUCUAGAAAACCAUAUACUGUGCUGGUUGAGGCCAAAGGUCAACAUUGCUCCACUGUUCACCAACGAGGGGGAGCUGUGGCCGUGAGCCACGGCCUCACGUGUCUCUUAACAAGCCCUCAUCACAUGUAUGAGUCUUACGUGCACAAAACAGAGAAGGCUUUGGUCCCAAAACUGGACACCUUGUGUACUCAACCUUCACAGCUUCUAUUGGACGUAUUUUCUUUUUAGGAAUGAAGGAAAAUUCUCCCAUUUUUGAGCCAUUCUUUUGUCAAUUCUACGAAAUUGCAUGUAACUUUAUAAAUAUUUUUAAAAGAUAUAGUUUUGUAAAUAUUUAAUAUUCUGCUAAUUUGAUUUUGAAUUGUAAAUGUCAAGUAUUCUGUUUUUGGGGUUUUUAUGUUUUAUUAUACUUUGUUAAAAAGGACAAAUUGUACAUUUUUAGAAUGUUUUUAUGAGUAAAUUUAAUGUACUGAAAAUAAAAAUUUUAAAAAAGGC